UAAACGGCCGGGGGAGGGAGGGAGGAAGGGCGGAGGAGGAAUUACGGCGCAGAUCGGCGCUUCUCCGCAGAUCCCUACAUUUAGCCGAGCGUUAACACAGAGCAGCCUAAAACACAGAGACCCGGAGCCAAUUGGCCGGCAGCCCUUGGAGGAGCCAGUGGAGGAGCCCGGAGCGCGAUCCCGCCGCCGAGGAGCCGCUGAACCAUGAAGCCGCUCCGGACACCUGCGGCGCUGCUGCUGCUUUGCCUGUUCUCCGCCUCUGUCCUGUCUGUGAACUUCCCCGGGCAGCCUGUUAUCCAGGAGUGGGUUGAACAAAUGCAGCGUGACCUGCUGACUCUGGUUGAGGAUGCCAGCGGACUGGAGACCUUCAAGGAGAUAUUUAAAGAUCACAUGGAUAAAUUCAGCGUCAAGUCAAAUAAUGCAGCUGAGCUGGUGGCCAGUGCGGCCGGGAACAUUGAGAAGCUGCUUCUUAAAAGAUCCAUGGCGCUGAAGACCUUGGCGUCUUCAGCAGAGAGCUUCCAGAUGAAGCACCAGUGGCGAGAUGAUUUCACGGAUGAUAUUGUUUAUUAUGAUGCAAAAGACGACGUCACAUCCAAUGACACCUCCAAAAGCAGGAUCAAGCCGGAGUUCCAGGAGGACCCAAUGUUCAAACGGCCAAUCUCCUACAACCACACGGCGGUCCACAUCCCCACAGACAUCUACGAGGGCUCCACCAUCGUGCUGAAUGAGCUGAACUGGACGGAAGCCCUGGACGACGUCUUCCGGAAGAACCGGGAGGAGGACCCCACGCUGCUCUGGCAGGUUUUCGGCAGCGCUACUGGCCUGGCACGCUUCUACCCAGCAUCUCCAUGGAUAGAAACCGACGAAACACCCGGGAAGAUCGACCUGUACGACGUCCGCCGUAGGCCAUGGUACAUACAGGGUGCAGCUUCUCCGAAGGACAUGCUGAUUCUCGUAGACGCGAGUGGCAGUGUGUCUGGUCUGACCCUCAAGCUGAUCAGAACCUCGGUCAGCGAGAUGCUGGAGACCCUGUCAGAUGAUGACUACGUCAAUGUGGCCUACUUCAAUAAAGAAGUUACCCAUGCUGCCUGCUUCAAGCACCUGGUCCAGGCCAACGUCCGCAACAAGAAGAUCCUGAAGGACGCCAUCCAGAACAUUGAGGCCAAGGGAACGACAAACUACAAGGAGGGCUUCAAGUAUGCCUUCGAGCAGCUUUCAGAUCCGAACGUGACCCGUGCAAAUUGCAACAAGGUCAUCAUGCUCUUCACCGAUGGAGGAGAGGAGACAGCUCAGGAGAUCUUCGACAAAUACAAUCGAGACAAGAAGGUGCGCAUUUUCACUUUCUCAGUCGGGCAGCACAACUAUGACAAACACCCCAUUCAGCGCAUGGCCUGUGACAACAAGGGCUACUACUAUGAGAUCCCUUCCAUCGGUGCCAUCCGUAUCAACACACAGGAAUACCUGGAUGUUUUGGGCCGGCCCAUGGUGCUGGCAGAUAAGAAGGCCAAGCAGGUCCAGUGGACCAACGUCUACCUGGAUGCACUGGAACUGGGCCUGGUCAUCACAGGUACGCUGCCAGUCUUCAACAAGACCGUGUCGGGAGACAAAAAGAAACAGAACCAGUUGAUCCUGGGAGUGAUGGCGGUCGACGUCUCCCUUGAAGACAUCAAGAGGCUGACCCCACGCUUCACCAUUGGCCCCAGCGGAUAUUAUUUUGCAAUCGACCCCAAUGGCUAUGUGCUGCUCCACCCCAAUCUUCAGCCAAAGAACCUGAAAUUCCAGGAACCUGUUACCCUGGAUUUUCUGGACAUCGAACUGGAGAACAACUUCAAAGUGCAGAUCAGGUCGAAAAUGAUUAAUGGCUCCCCUGGGCAACAGAAGAUGGAAACUCUGGUGAUAUCCCAAGACAAGAGGUACAUUGAUAAAGGCGUCAGGACGUACACCUGGGCCCCAGUGAAGAGCACGGACUACAGCCUGGCCCUGGUUCUGCCAGAUUACAGUCUGAAUUACAUCCAAGCCCAGAUCGGCGACACGAUCGAGGAGGCCGUGUCAUGGACAGGACGAAACGUCACUGAGACCAUGGAUAUCUCUGAGGAAUAUGGGUACACGCUCAUCGCCCCAAGGGAGUUCUGCACGGAGCCAAAGAUCUCGGGCGACAAUAGGCAGGUCCUCAAGAACUUCAUCCUUCUGACCUCGGGGGAAGUGGCAGACGGCACGACCUGCAAUGUGUCCCUGGUGAACCGGCUGCUCCUGGAUGCGGGACUGACAGCCGAUCUGCUCCAGUCCUGGAAGAGUCAGCCCCUCAAGCCGGGGGUCCUCGCCAGGUUCGUGGCCACCGACGGAGGGAUCACCCGUGUGUACCCGAAAAGCGCCGGUGAGGAGUGGACAGAGAAUCCUGAGACAUACGAGUCAAGCUUCUACAAGCGGAGUCUGGACAACAGCGUCUACGUCUUUACAGCACCACCCUACGAAAGCAGAAACGCCUCGUCUGCCUUCGAUUCCAGCAUUUUGGUGAGUAGGUCCGUGGAUGUGAACAUCGACCCAGCCACGUUGAAGCCAGCCGUGGUUGGGGUGAAGCUCAAUGUCACGGCCUGGAUGGAGAACUUCAUGAGUGCUACCUUCAAGGGGAAUUGCGAGAAGAAUGAGAUCUGUGGAUGUCAGAGGAAUGCCAAGCACGUGGACUGUGUGAUAUUGGAUGAUGGUGGUUUCCUCUUGAUGUCCAAUCAGGAUGAGUACAUCAAUAAGAUUGGCCGCUUUUUCGGUGAGAUCGAUUCCCAUUUGAUGAAGACCCUGGUGAACACAUCGCUGUACUCCUUCCACAAGACCUACGACUACCAGUCUGUGUGCAGACGGGAACGAGAGAACAAGGCAGCUGGCUUUCGCUCCAUCUACGUGCCCACAAUAGCAGAUAUACUACAUUUGGGCUGGUGGACCACGACCAUGGCCUGGUCGAUAUUGCAGCAGCUCUUUCUGAGUCUCACCUUUCCAGGUUUCCUACAAGCAGGUGAGCAACAGAACUCCUACGAAAUAUGUCACUUUAAGAAAAGGCUUGGUUUUCACCCCACCUGAUAUCUGGGUUCGAAGGAGAAAG